GAUUCCCGUUAUCUCCCGAUCCUCAGAGUACCAGCGUCGAUCUUCAUCCGGAUGCGCCUGCCUCCGCCUCCUCCUCCUCCUCCUCCUCAUCCUCAUCCUCCUCCUCAUCCUCUCCUCUCUUGGACCAGCAGGGACAGGGACAGAGCCCUAGUGUGAAGCUUCGUGUUCCUGUACUUCCCUGAGCCAAGCAGCUUUUCAGCCGUUCAGAAUGAGUUUGCUUACGGCAAAACUGUCAAUGCGACAUGGAAAAGACCGAUUUGGCUUGCUGUCUGCUCCUGCCACAAGCUCUCUAGGUUAUAUAUAGAUUUAGUCUUGGACAGGACACCCUGCUACUACAACUAUCAUCAGGACCAAAAGGGAUAUCCGGGGAAACUGUAUCUGUCACCGCCACCACCAUUUCCCUCUCGCUGCAGUUUCACCUUGGACUGGCCUUCGGUUACCCAGGGCCAACUUUGGUGGGUGGACCAUCAAAAAAAUCCAUGAAGGCAUUUGCUGCAAGGUUUCAAUACAUGAAAAGCAAACAAAAGGAACUGAACAUAUUUGUUAAGCUGUUUGGAACCGGUUGAUUCGCAGUCAACCUGCAACACACGAACAUUGAGCGCCAGAGCGACGACAGGCUCAAGGCUAGGUACGGCAACCUCCCUCUGCUCUGAAGUUCUGAAUAUUGCUUUUACGGAUUUUCCCAUUCUUAAGAGAGGUACUCUGAAUUUGUCAUCUCUGUUUGGGACAACGUACUGCUGUGAGCACAAGACUCGGCUUCACUGAGGACCAACUGAACCAAACUUGGAGAACCAGCUGUGAGCGGCAUUGUCUACAAUUUGACGUCAGACACCUCGAUAGAGAGACGCAGUGAUGGGGAAGACCACCAUGUAGAGACAGAGAGGCGGCGGAGGCAACAGCAGAAUAUCAGCAAUGGGAAGCCACACAUGGAGCCGGUCUGGACUGCAGCCGUGGUGAGCCUGAGAGCGACGGGACUUGCGGCCAUCAUCACUGCCCUUCUCAGGACCUGACCACCGGGGCUGUCCAACGCUCACCUGGAUGCUCCCCACUCGUGUCUCAUCGUCCCCUCCUCUCCUCUCCUCGCACUCUGCUGCUCUUUCUCCUCUUCUCGUUUCUUCUCUUUGAUGGUUUUUGGUCCGCUGAUAUCCGACAGCCUCUCCUGAAACGGAGAAGCUGCUCAUCAAUUUAUCUCCUUUGGAUUUUUCGGCCUCUUUUUUAAUCUCUCUGUCUGCCUACAUUACACGUGGCAUUCCUUCCCCCCCUUUUUUGGUUGUUGUCGCCUGCUUAAUACCUAUUUUGGAUUUUUUUGGUUGAGCCUGAGCUCCUCUCUCUACUGUGCAAGAUUUUUUGAUUGAUCUAUAAGCAAUAAAGAAACACUUAUCUAACUGACUUGACUAGCCGACAUCAUGGGGGACAUGUCGAACAGCGAUUUUUAUGCCAAGAACCAAAUAAAUGAGAGCGACCGGGUGGCGGGCUUCGGCUGCUCGCUCAUGGAGCUGCGCUCGCUGAUGGAGCUGCGUGGCACGGAGGCAGUGGUCAAGCUCCAGGAGGACUACGGGGGUGUGGAGGGAAUGUGCUCACGACUGCAAACCUCACCCACAGAAGGCCUCACAGGUGACCAAGCCGACCUGGACAAGAGAAAAGAAAUAUUUGGGGCAAACCUGAUACCUCCAAAGAAGCCAAAAACCUUCCUGCAGCUGGUGUGGGAGGCCCUGCAGGAUGUCACCCUCAUCAUCCUGGAGGUCGCUGCACUGGUCUCCCUGGGCCUCUCCUUCUACCACCCACCCGGAGACAGCUCCGGAGAGUCCUGUGGCGCAGCGGCGGGCGGGGUAGAGGACGAUGGCGAGGCGGAAGCCGGCUGGAUCGAGGGCGUGGCCAUCCUGUUGUCUGUGGUGUGUGUGGUGCUCGUCACGGCCUUCAACGACUGGUCGAAGGAGAAGCAGUUCCGUGGGCUGCAGAACCGCAUCGAGCAGGAGCAGAAAUUCCAGGUGGUCCGCGGUAGCCAGGUGAUACAGCUGCCCGUGGCCGACAUCAUGGUCGGAGAUAUCGCACAGAUCAAAUACGGCGAUCUGCUUCCAGCGGAUGGAGUGUUGAUCCAGGGCAAUGACCUGAAGAUUGAUGAGUCAUCACUGACCGGCGAGUCCGACCACGUCAAGAAGGCGGCAGACAGGGACCCCAUGCUGUUGUCUGGGACCCAUGUGAUGGAGGGGUCAGGGCGCAUGGUGGUGACCGCCGUCGGUGUCAACUCUCAGACUGGAAUCAUCUUCACCCUGCUGGGGGCCAACACCGAAGAAGAAGAGAAGAAAGAAAAGAAAGUGGAAGACGGACACCGGAACACAGACUGCUCCCAUCCCUCUAUCCACCCUAUCGCAACUAUAGCCACGGAUGGGGCUGCAGGUAUUAAUGCCAUUGGCAGUGCCAGCCUAAUUAAUGGUAAAAUGCAAGAUGGCAAUAUGGAGAACAACCAGAUAAAAGUAAAGAAGCAGGAUGGAGCAGCUGCCAUGGAGAUGCAACCUCUGAAGAGUGCUGAAGGCGGAGAGACCGAGGAAAAAGAGAGGAAGAAACCGUCCGUUUCCAAGAAGGAGAAGUCUGUGCUGCAAGGGAAGUUGACCAAACUGGCCGUCCAGAUCGGCAAAGCAGGUUUGCUCAUGUCGGCCAUCACAGUCAUCAUCCUGGUCCUGUAUUUCGCCAUCGACAACUUUGUGCUGCAGAAGCUACCCUGGAUGCCAGAGUGCACUCCCAUUUACAUCCAGUUCUUCGUCAAGUUCUUCAUCAUCGGUGUAACUGUGUUGGUGGUGGCCGUGCCAGAGGGGCUGCCGCUGGCUGUCACCAUUUCCCUGGCAUACUCUGUCAAGAAAAUGAUGAAAGACAACAACCUGGUGCGUCACCUGGAUGCGUGCGAAACAAUGGGCAACGCUACCGCUAUCUGCUCCGACAAGACAGGCACGCUAACUACCAACCGCAUGACAGUUGUGCAGUGUUACGUCGCAGAUGUGCACCAUAAAGUGGUCCCAGAGCCUGGGGUUCUGCCGCCCAAAUCACUGGACUUACUGGUCAAUUCCAUCUCCCUCAACAGCGCCUACACCACUAAGAUACUGUCCCCAGAUAAGGAAGGCGGUCUGCCGAAGCAGGUGGGCAACAAGACGGAGUGCAGCCUGCUGGGAUUGGUUUUGGAGCUGAAGCGGGAUUAUCAGACAGUAAGAAACCAGAUACCAGAGGAGAAGCUCUACAAAGUCUACACCUUCAACUCUGUCAGGAAGUCCAUGAGCACCGUCAUCAAAUUGCCCGAUGGGAACUUCCGCAUGUACAGCAAAGGAGCCUCUGAGAUCGUCCUGAAAAAAUGCAGUUAUAUUCUGAACGAGGUGGGAGAGUCCAGGAUUUUCCGCCCACGGGACAAGGACGAGAUGGUGAAGAAGGUGAUCGAGCCCAUGGCAUGUGAGGGGCUGAGGACCAUCUGUGUGGCGUACCGGGACUUCCCCGGCAACCCUGAGCCAAACUGGGACGACGAGGGCAACAUCCUUAAUGACCUCACUGCCAUCUGUGUGGUCGGGAUCGAGGACCCCGUCAGGCCAGAGGUGCCCGAUGCCAUCCAGAAGUGCCAGCGUGCAGGCAUCACAGUGCGCAUGGUGACGGGAGACAACAUAAACACGGCCAGGGCCAUAGCCAUCAAGUGUGGGAUCAUUCACCCAGGAGAGGACUUCCUCUGUAUCGACGGCAAAGAGUUCAACAGGAGGAUCCGCAACGAGAAAGGAGAGGUGGAGCAGGAGCGUAUGGACAAGGUCUGGCCUAAACUCCGAGUCCUGGCCAGAUCCUCCCCAACCGACAAACACACACUCGUCAAAGGAAUUAUCGACAGCACCAUUGGAGAGCAGAGGCAGGUGGUGGCUGUGACAGGAGAUGGGACCAACGAUGGACCUGCUCUGAAGAAAGCCGACGUGGGCUUCGCCAUGGGUAUUGCCGGCACAGAUGUGGCCAAGGAGGCGUCAGAUAUCAUCCUGACUGACGACAACUUCAGCAGCAUCGUCAAGGCGGUGAUGUGGGGCCGCAACGUCUACGACAGCAUCUCAAAGUUCCUUCAGUUCCAGCUCACUGUCAACGUUGUGGCUGUCAUAGUGGCCUUCACUGGCGCCUGCGUCACACAGGACUCUCCCCUGAAAGCAGUGCAGAUGUUGUGGGUGAACCUGAUCAUGGACACCUUUGCGUCCCUGGCCCUGGCAACAGAGCCUCCCACAGAGUCUUUGCUGAAGAGGAGGCCGUACGGUCGCAACAAGCCUCUCAUCUCCAGCACCAUGACGAAGAACAUCUUCGGACAUGCCAUCUUUCAGCUCAUCAUCAUCUUCACUCUGCUCUUUGCUGGUGAAAAAAUCUUCGACAUCGACAGCGGCCGUAACGCACCUCUCCACGCUCCUCCGUCCGAGCACUACACCAUCAUCUUCAACGCCUUUGUCAUGAUGCAGCUCUUUAAUGAGAUAAACGCUCGGAAAAUCCACGGAGAGAGGAACGUGUUUCACGGUAUCCUCAGGAACCCCAUCUUCUGCUCGAUUGUUUUAGGCACCUUUGGUGUGCAGAUCCUGAUUGUGCAGUUUGGGGGGAAGCCCUUCAGCUGUAAACCUCUGGACCUGGAAAAGUGGAUGUGGUGUGUUUUCCUCGGUCUGGGAGAGCUCGUCUGGGGGCAGGUCAUAGCCUCCGUGCCCAACAGCAGGUUGCGCUUCCUGCGGAGGGCCGGCCAGUUAACCAAAAAAGACGAGUCACCGGAAGAGGACCCGAACGAAGACAACGAGGAGAUUGACCACGCAGAGAGGGAGCUGAGGAGGGGACAGAUACUUUGGUUCAGAGGACUUAAUCGCAUUCAGACUCAGAUUGACGUAGUCAACACCUUCAAGAGUGGCACCUCCUUUCAGGGGGCGGGGGCUCUGAGGCGCCAAUCAUCCACCACCAGCCAGACCCAGGAUAUCCGCGUUGUGAAUGCAUUCCGCAGCUCCCUCUAUGAAGGCCUGGAAAAACCCGAUUCCAGAACAUCCAUCCACAACUUCAUGACACACCCCGAAUUUAGGAUAGAAGACUCCACGCCCAGCCUGCCCCUCAUCGACGACACAGACGACGACUCUGCUCGGAGGAGGAAGAUGUACUCCAGCCAGCCGGCCUCCCCCAACAAGAACAACAACGCCAUCGACAGUGGCAUUAAUCUCACCAUCGACACCAGUAAAUCAGCCGCGUCCUCCGGCCCCGCCAGCCCUCUGCACAGCUUGGAGACCAGCCUCUAACCCGGAUCCUGACCUCAGCUCUAACCUCUGACCUCCUUGUCCUUGAAGUCUGGGUGUGCCUCUUCCGAUUCCAUCCGGACCUUAACUGUAACCUUUCAACACCUUGUCCACCCCAAAAUUUCCCCUGGUCCAGCUGAAUUCUUAUGCUCAAACCCCUCAAACCCCUGCGGCCCUGUGGCAAUGUGUACAUCCCCCCCCCCCCUUAAGCUUGAGCUCUUAAAGCUCUCUGUUCCUCUCGAAAUGGAGAAAAUCUAAAGUAAUGCAGUAAGGUGAAGGAAAAAAAACAAAACAACGAUCUAGCAUACAAUCAAAAGAAGCGCGGCAAAGCCACAAAACCUACACGGCCAUCCUGCUUUCAUGGUUGUGUGUGUACAGUGGCAGCAGCGGUGGUUUGUAUGACUAUAUGCGUGUGAGCAUGUUCUGUGUGAGCGUGCCGCUGACCGCACGCGUGUAUGAACUGUGUCUUCAGUGGCACCGAGAGGAGGAGACUGACUGCUGAGGAGUGAACAUCGCAAGACGGGACAGACUCUUAGAAACUCCGCUCACACUCCCUCUCCUCAACAAUAACAUUGUCGAUACUGAUAGUAGUUUAAAUUAAAUUGAAAAAGCAUUGUUAUUAUUCUGAUUCUGAUUAUUAUUGUUAUUAUUACUGUUGCUCCUGCAUGAAUGUACAUUACCCACGUUUUAUUUAAAAGGGUUUUUAAUUUUAUUGGGGAUCUGUUCCUUCUGGUGGGCUCGGGCCUUGUGGCGAACUACUAUUUUAGAGACAAGAGUUCCUCGGCCUGCAAAGCUCCCUCGUCUGUGUGGCAUGAACAUGUACCCGCCUGUAACGAUUUAUUUCAUCCAUACACGGAUAUCUGUAACCAGGUGGUGGGGCUCAACUUGCACAGUAGUUUUGCACCUGUUGGAAAAGAGGAACACAAUAUAAUGAUGAGGAUAGCAUUUAUGGGAUAUAUUCUAUAAAUAUAAAUACAUAUAAAUAUAUUUAGAGAGAGUUUAUCUUUGUUUGUCGGCAUGUUGCCUUGUUCCUGCUUCGAUGGCUCGAAAUACUUUGACUUAUUUAUGUCUUAAAGAGAAUGUAAUUUGUUUACAACCUCGUAGAGAUAAAACUUCCUGGUUUCUAGAAGGAGGGAGCGAAGCUGAAGCUCAGACGGACCAGAGCUGUGUUGGUGUGUUAUUACUGAAAAACCAUGUGCUGGAAUUUGCCUGCUAUCUUGUCAAAUACUGUAGAUAUUUUUAGAGGAUUAACAAACAAAAAGAAACCAAAAUAUAAUGGGAUACGUAGUAAAUGUGGAAUCUUAGUAUUACUCUAUAUGAUUGUUGGGAUCAAGUUGGAGCGGCUUGCCUUCGGUUUUUCUAAACGGAGGCCUCCUCUUUGUGACAGAGGGGGGAUAUUUAAUUCUUUUGUUUCUCUACUUCUUCUUCUUCUUCUCUUUUUUUUAAUUGUGUUUUUUUUUUCUUCUUCUGUGCUUCAGCGCUGGCCCGGCUCAGGUCUCGAGUCGAAGGCUGAUAUCAGGACCCUCACAGUGAAAUGUCUUCUAGAUAAACCUGUUUGUUCGAAGGACUUGAUGUUUUACAAAUAUGUGUGUCCAUCACAAGGCUGCAAUCGAGUCAUAAUAGAAAUUCACAAAGUUCUAUUUGGAUUCUCUCUAUCGCACGGAAAUCGGACGUUUUUUCUCUUUUGUUUUUGUUAAAAUUUGGAAUAUAUUAUGCUGUUUAUUAUUGUUAUUAUUUAAAUUUGGGUUUAAAACAGUUUGGGGUUUUUUUCCACUAGCAGAGAGACACGUGCAGCCCCACAGAGCUCUUGGCGUUUUUAACAUCUCAAAAAAAAAAUUAUGAAACUGACAAAAAAAAAAUAAUAUAUUACAACAAAAAUGGAAUGUUGCUUUGACUCUUUUUCUAUAUACAAAAAAAGACGUUCCUUUUCUGCACUAUCUGGUUAUGAAUGAAAAACUUCUGUGGUGUAAUUCUAGAUGUGCUUUUGUGUGUUUUAACCGAGCUUGUCUUCCUGCCGUCACAGAAUAUACAAGUACUCUCGCAUCUCAACUGUACUCACUAGUUGUGAACUAUUUAUUGUGCUUUGACCAAUCAGACAUUACCAGAGAGAGGUUACAUACAGAAGGCACAUGUACCCAGUCGUAUUGCACUCAGAAGGACAAGGCCACUUAACUAGCCUGUACUAUCCUUAUUUCUAGUACUGACCGAAGUCAUUGGCAAGCAUGACGUGAUAGGCUCAUUAUGCAACUUGAAAAAAAUUGACAAUUUUUCUACUUUGAAAAAAAGUAUCCUAUAUACUACUACAGUAUGUACAAUCAUUUAUCUGAGCAAUUCUACCUUUUUUUUGUUUCUUCCUUUUUUUAUAACCUCCUCCUCCUCUGUCAUUUACCAUUCGAUCAGUCCAUCUGGAGAGGGUGCACAAGCUUUACCAGUCAGCUCAGGCGCGUGUGAAAAAGCAACAUGGACCAUUUGAAGUAAAAAAAACAACAAAAAAACCUGUCUUAUUUAAGUUGGAAAAAUAACGGUCUGGAUUCUGAUAUACUGCUUAGAAGCUGAUGAUUUAUUUUGUUUCCUUUACAAUGUUUUAACUUGACAAUUUAUUUGUUUAUUUGUCUGUACAAAAAAAAAAAAAAAAAAAAAAAAAAAAAACAAUAAACAAAAACAAAAACAAACAAAAAACAUCACUACAGCCACAGCAGCAUUUUCACUCUCAAGGAAAAAAAAAACAGACUUAAGCCAACAACCAACAUUCUCAAACCAUUUUUACAUCCAAGGGGACAUUCAGCUUUAAGAGGAUGCAAUUACGUGGAGUUUUAAACAUAAUCUUUGUAAAUACAGCAAUGAGUCCACUGCGGACAGAAAGUGUGAAAACCGGAAGUCCUCCUGUUACCACGUCGACCGUCACGCACCAUCACGAGUCAAACGGCCGACGCAGCUGUAAUCGACCAGUGGUCCCGUCAGAAAGCGGUUCAGAACCUCGUGACUAUACAUCCAGACGAUAGCGCGUGUUGUAACAACCGGCAACCAUGUCCAUAAUGACACCGACGAUGAUAUCAAUGAUACUUUUUGCAAUAUACUCUCACCUGCCUCGAUGUACUGUAAUUUAGCAGCAUGCAGUUUGUGGAACAAAGCAAAAGAGAAAUGCCAACAGAUAACACUUUGGCGUACCAUUUAUGGGUGAUUUAAGUGUUCAUCUUGUUUUUAUGACAUUUUUUUUAUCUCUACAAUAAUUGUAAAUAAAGAACUCAAUGUCUUUGUUCAUUUAAUACUAUGCAAAAAGUCAUGCUUUUCUGAUUGUUACCCACCCUUACUCCUGAGCGUGUUGCUGGAAUGUGUAUGGUCUCAAAAGUCAGUAAAAACAGUGUGAUGUAAAUUAUUUUCUAGCUCGAGGAAAAAGUUAAAUGAUGAUGGAAAUUAUCAUGAUUAUUAUUAUUAUUAUUAUUAUGGUAUCAUGAGGGUGGUGAUGAUGAUGAUGAUGAUAAUAAUAGCGGUGGUGUCAGUGAUGAUGAUGAUGUUGAUGAUGAUGAUGAACUGUGACUCUUGCUGCUUGACUGUCCCGUUUAUUCCACUCCUGACAGGAGCGCAAGUGAAAGACAUAAUAAAAAAGGAAGAAAAAAAAGAAAGAAAGAAAGUAAAAUCACUAAAUAAAUCUCCCCGAGCAGCAUGACCCAGCAUGGUG